ACCGGAAGUACCUUGACGCCCUGCGCGAAGUUAGAAAACCAAAACCGGAAGUCCUACUUAGUCUUUAAAGCGGCGCGUCCUCUGUUUGGAGGACUUAAUACAGUAACAAUGCUCAGCAAAAUAAUCGGUCAGAAGUAUAUAGCCAUUGCCAAAUCAUGGGUCCCAACUUUGGCUGUGUGGGGCUCAGUUGGAGGUGUAGCUCUGGUCCACUUCACAGACUGGCGAUUGUUUUUGGACUAUGUGCCCUACGUCAACGGCAAAUUCAAGAAGGACGAGUAGAAGUCGCUGCUGUUUAUUAACACCAGGACUUCAACACUGAACAAGAACCGCUGCCGCUGGUACCGUGUACUCCAGCCCAGUUCCAUGCCAGGUCACUGUAAGGUGUCAUCUUCAUCCUGCAGCCCAAGUCAACACUGAACUGUUCACCACCAUCAUCAUCCUCUCAAAUCCAAACUGGAGAUGGCAAAAGUGAAUGGAAAACAGAUGAUAAACAGACUUUUCUUUUCUUUUCCGUCUCAGUUUGGGGUCAGAUAUUUAUUUGAAUCUAUAGUGUCGUAUGUACUGUGGAUCAAUCCUGAAUCACAAAUGGAUAAAUCUGUGGUGUUAUGUUGUUUGGGGAACAAGUAAAGUAUGUGAGAUUUGUCCCAU